AGGAAGCUGUCAGAGACUCCCUCCGUUCAGCACAGCCAGCAUGUGGUGGGGAGCCCUCAGUUUGCUGUUCUGGGUGCCGGUGCAAGCAGCCUUUCUGAAAAUGGAGACCGUCACGGUAGAGGAAGGCCAAACGCUCACUCUAACGUGUGUUACUUCUCAGACAAAAAACGUCUCUCUCCAGUGGCUGGCUCCCUCUGGGUUCACCAUUUUUUUAAACCAGCAUCCUGCUUUAAAAAGCUCCAAAUACCAGCUUCUUCACCAUUCAGCUACACAACUCUCCAUUAGUGUGUCCAAUGUAACUCUCCGAGAGGAAGGUGUGUAUACAUGCUUGCACUACGGGAGUUCUGUGAAGACGAAGCAAGUGAGAGUGACCGUGUUAGUGACUCCUUUCCAGCCAACCGUGGAAGCUUUGGUUCUCAGAAGGCAGAAUGGAGAGAAAUCGGUUGUGCUGAAAUGUUCCACAGAGAGAAGCAAGCCCCCGCCACAAAUCACCUGGCUGCUGGGGGAAGGUCUGGAGAUCUAUGGUGAACUCAACCAUGAAUUUGAAGCUGAUGGGAAAAUAUGUAACACCAGCAGCAUGCUCAUCGCCCGCGCAUACGGCAAAAACUCAACCGUGCACUGCAUUAUCCAGCACGAGGGCUUGCACGGGAGAAAGCUGGUUGCCCCCUUCCAGUUUGAAGAUUUGGUUGCAGAUCAAGAAACUUCAGAUCAAGAAACUUCAGAUGCCCCUGAGCAGAGCUCUCUCUCCUCCCAAGCCCUCCAGCAGCCCACAAGUACAGUCUCAAUGAUGGAAAAUUCCAGUAUACCAGAGACUGACAAGGAAGAGAAAGAACAUGCCACUCAAGACCCUGGCUUGUCCACUGAAGCCAGUGCUCAGCAUACAGGACUGGCCCGGAGGAAGAGUGGUAUCCUGCUGCUCACACUGGUGUCCUUCCUCAUUUUCAUCCUUUUCAUCAUCGUUCAGCUCUUCAUCAUGAAGCUGCGUAAAGCACACGUGGUAUGGAAGAAGGAAAGUGAAAUUUCAGAGCAAGCUCUAGAAAGUUACAGAUCAAGAUCCAACAACGAGGAGACAUCUUCCCAGGAGAAUAGCAGCCAGGCUCCCCAGUCUAAGCGUUGCAUGAACUACAUCACGCGGUUAUACUCGGGAGCCAAAACAAAGAAGAGUGCCCAGCACUGGAAGCUCGGAGGCAAGCACAGCCGUGUCCCGGAGAGUAUUGUGUAGUGUUCCCUGCAAUAGAAGAUAGGAUUUCAGGGCAGCCGCAUCAGGCCCUGGAAAGGAUCGUAAGUACUGUGACAUGAAAAAAAAUAGAAUGUCCAUUGAGUACAAUUCAAGACAGUGUCCAUUGAGCCAGGGCAGCCACAUGAGGACCAAGCCAUGGACAGAAAGCUCCUCGCUGAAAGGAAAACAUAGAAAGAACCUAUUAUGACUGACACUACCUCAGAGCUGGAGAACUCUGCUAAGUCGUUUUGGAUCAGGGUCAAAAUGACCAGUGAGCAGCUGACCUCGAAGGGAACAGCUUUUUAGACCUGGGGCUGGAGUGGAACUGUUUGAAUUGGUUUAAAAUCUUUCCUUCUGGUCAAGAAGAACUUAAGCAUGAGAAGUACCCCAAGGAGACCUGAGAUGCCAGCAGCCUGCUUUCAAGACAGCCUCUCAGAAGAGGCCUGGUGGGCAACAGAGAAAUGUGGGAUGUUACAGCACGCAGUGGACAUGAUGCCCCAGAGAGCCACAACUCUCAACUGAGUUCAACUGACAAGAGGCUUCCUGACUAACCAUGAGCCAACCUGACGGGCCACUUUUAUCCUAAUUACACCAUGGUAAAAGUAGGGACAGAAGCAAACCGUGAGUUUGGUUGACAGACUGUUGAAUUUGUGACUGGCUUUUAGAAUUUUAAUAAAGACCAGAAUGUGUCUUUUUAGAGGCUGUCAUGCCCAUUGAUUAUCUGUGUGAAAAGUCCUUUAUGUUAAAAAAAAAAAAGAAAGAAAGAAAAGGAAAAAAGAAAAGAAAAAUUUAGACGAAAUAGCAAACUGACUUCAUAGAAAUGAAACAUUUCUCAUUAGUUGGAUCUGAAAAAAACAGCUUGCAAGUGUUACAUGAACACACCUGUGCAUGCUGUACACACCCAUGAACACACUUAUACAUACUUACUUGUACCCACCCCUAUAUACAAACAAAUAUACACACACACACCUGUAUCAUGAAUGUGUUAUUGUAGACCCCAGCUCUUCCUGGUCCUAUCCCUCCUAUGAUAAUUUUUUUUCCAUUUAACAAUCACAAAAUUGUAGCAAAAUAUAAAGACAGCAUAGACCUUCCUCGCUUAUUUGAGAGUGAGUGGGCCUGAUACUCAACACCUUUUAAGCCCUUUGAUUACCCCAAGAAAGACACCUAUCACAGCAGAGCAAACUUCUAAGUCAGGAAAGCAGCAUCGCUGUCUUCCACUCACAGUCCUUGGAUGCUGUGAUGGUUUGAAUGAGGAUGGUCACCACAGGCUCACAUGUUUGAAUGCUUGGUCACCAGUUGGUGGAACCGCUUGGGAGGGAUUAGAAGGUAUGGCCUUGUUGGAGAAGGAGUGUCACUGGGGAUGGGCUUUGAGGAAUCCCAAACCAGGCCCUGCCUCACUCUCUCUUCCUGCUGCCUACCAAUCAAGAUGUAAAACUCUCAGCUACUGCUCUAGCAAGAUGUCUGUCUGCUUCCUACCGUGAUGAUAAUGGCUAACCCUCUAAAACUAUUAGCAAGCCCUCAAUUAAUGGCCUUCUUUUAUAAGACUUGUCUUGGCCAUGAUGUCUCUUCAUAGUAAUAGAACAGUGACUAAGGCAAACACCAACCAAGCUUUUCCUGUUGUCCCAACUGUCCUGAAGGCCCCAGCUGGCUUCUCACUUCAUCUUCACCUCUGUCUGUUUCUGUUUUCAAGGCCUGGGUGUUUGCAAUACAGGGUAAUUAUUUCACAGAGCAGCUCUCAGUUGGGUUUUGUCCAAUGUUUCUUUGAGAUUAGGUUCAAGUAACACUUGUCCUGGGCUCUCAAGGAAGCCUGUUGAGUUUUACUUUCUUGUGUAUUAUUAAGGAUAACUUGAAGAGAAGAAAAGAUAGCCACUGUGGACAAUACAAUGGGGGGGGGCACCUGAAGAAAGGAGGGGUGUGCCUUCAGAGAAAUCACUUGAACAAAGCCGAUACCUAACCUUUGUGCUUCGGUGGGCUGGUGGCAAGUUCUCCACUAUAUGAUUUGGUCUGACACAGCCUACAUGACAAGGAGCCAGGUACUGGAUAGGACCAUACAUUUAUCUUGCAGCUUUUAGGGGAAUGGGCUGCAAUGCCACAGAAUGCCACAGCCUUAUAAUUCUAUCCCAGAGAGGAAGGGCUGAUUGUGGGGAGAUGACAAGUCUCGAAGAGAGUCUGCAAUGGACUCUGGCAUUUAGGAUCCAGGAUUUGUGAUAGUUGCCAUGGCUUUUGAGGUAUCAUCAUUGUUGGAUCCUCUCAAUGGACAGAACUUUGAAUUAUUUCUAUACGUGUAUGUAAUGUGUAUAUGUGUGUGCAUGUUGGUGUAUGUUUAAAUCUGUCUAUUGAAACCAUGAGCUUAUUCUUUUUUUGUAUUCAUAAUUCCAUCCUCUGAGAGAUGUUUUUGUAUCCCCAGUGUAUUUGCCAAUUUAUCAGUUCCCUUCUUGGAGGUCAUCUCCCAGUUCCACCAGUGCCCAUUGCCCUUAGAUGUCCUUCUCCGGCAAAGGCUCCAUGUCUUUGCUUCCUCCAUGUAGGUUCUCUGCUCCUUAAACAUGGGUUCUUCGACCUCACAUGUGUGGCCCCUCUGUGUGGAAGCCUUUGACAUGCACACAGGUGCACAGACACUGCUGUGUGCCAGUCUUCUCACCCAUUCAAACUGAGAGUGUGGGCAAGGGUAGCUCCAUGUGGAGCACUGACUCCUUCCUAGGCUGGGGCUCUCAUACUCUCUCUGGAGCUCCACUUGUUCCUCCUCACACUCGUAUGGCCUCCUGCUUUGUCUUCAUGAUGGAACUGUUUGGGAAGAGUGUACCUGUAGGGGGUUGAGAGGAAGGGAAUGAGCCAGGUACCCUGCAUUCCAAGGGAGUUUCAGUGUGCAAAGACAUCUAGACGUGGCAUGCCAUUCAUAGUUUUGUAGCAUCUCUGUGCCCGUCAUCCAUCAGGCCAACAGCAGUUUUAAAACAAUACAGAGGGAAGCACUCUUACCUCAGAGUGGUGCUAAUCAUUGUUGAUUAAGCAUACGUUGGCCAAUUUUGAGUCUAUGUUUGCAGCGAAGCCUCCCGCAGGUUGCCUCCGGUGACUCCCCCAAUUUCUCCAGGCCCAUUAUCAGGAAUCAAGUGAAUGUACCAACAACUCAGCAGCAUGCAGAGUGGAGAAAAGCCCUGAGCCAGAGUUGUCAGAAUCCCCCUGUCAGGGGUUCCCCAGUUCAAUUCCAGCGGCUGGUGUCAGAAGAUUCAGGGAAGCGUUUGGAAUCAGUAUUUUCUAAAGAGUCUACCGCCUGGUAGGGGAACUCUGGGGAAGCACCAGCCAGACAUUUUCAAAGAGGAAGUGAACUGUGAAUCCUGCAGUCGAGGUGAUCAUGGACUCCUGGUUAUCACUUUAAAAUAUUCAUGCCAAGCUUAUGCGAACAACUAAGGAUAGACACUGUACAGCAAUCCAAGACUACCUGGCCUCAAUGCCAUGGCCCCUCUAUUGCUGUAGUAAGAGGACUGCAGGGGACAUUUAGAAUGGAAUGAGGUGGUGGGAGCUGUGUUUAAUAUCUUUCAUUUGCCCUGGGAGAGUGAUGAUUUGGGCUACAACGCUGUGACCCCUUUCCAUCUCCCUGGAGAGAGUGUGAAGUACCAACAGAUGUGAGAGAGCAGCAAACGUCCAGGGUUAGCAGGACUGACUGCAUUCCUCAACUCUAGUUACAAUUCAGGUGUUUUUCUCUUUCUCUGGUUCUGAAAUUUAUCUGCUUCAUUCUUGCAUCUGUUUAAGUGGACGUUGGAAUAUCCUCGGCAACUUUUUGUUUCCCUCAAAGCUUUGAAUCUAGUUUAUUAAAUCCCUUGUAUUAUCCAA